UCAAAAACUCGUUGUGCUUUUCAUAGUUAUAAUUUAAUAUUGGAACUGAAGCACAACGAGUGAGAUGCUUGGAGUGUCCCCAUUGAGAUGAUGAGCCCAAAAAUGCUAGAGAGAGCGCUCUCUGCGCGCAGGGCAGCGCAGUUUAGCGGCGAAGGAGACGAAGACGACGGCGACGAUGAGUCGAAGACCAGGAAGCACAUCUCACCCUUCAUCAGAGCCACCAACUACUUCACCCGAACCGGUUACCUCUACCCUUGCUUCAUCCUCUCCAUCUCUCUCCUCUUAGUCUACUCUCUCAUUAUUCACUCUCGCAAUCUGGUCUGCGUCUCUGAUCCGAUCUCUCGCUUCCGCUUCUUCGGCUAUGGCGAACUCGAAUCCGACUUCGGAUCCCUCGGCGUGCCCUGGUGCAGAUCGAAACAUGGAAAAACUGUUGAAUGGACAUCCAAGGAUUUACUCAGGGGCUUGGAAGAGUUUGUGCCAAUAUAUGAAACACGACCUAUCAAAAACAACAUGUAUGGGAUGGGUUUUGACCACAGCUUUGGGCUUUGGUUCAUUGCCCGAUGGUUGAAACCUGAUCUGAUGAUUGAGAGUGGUGCCUUCAAGGGGCAUUCAACUUGGGUUUUGCGGCAAGCAAUGCCGGACAAACCCAUUGUGUCACUUUCACCCUGCCAUCCCGAAAAAUACCUAAAAAAGGGGCCUGCUUAUGUUGAUGGGAACUGCACAUACUUUGCUGGAAAGAACUUCGUGGAUUUUGGGAGUCUUGACUGGCAAAGCGUAAUUAAGAAACAUGGAAUUGAAGAUCUCAAUCGGGUUCUUGUCUUCUUUGAUGAUCACCAGAAUGAAUUAAAACGGCUCAAGCAGGCUCUGAAAGCUGGCUUCAGGCAUCUUGUUUUUGAGGACAACUAUGAUACUGGAACUGGAGACCAUUAUUCCUUCAGGCAGAUAUGUGACCAAUAUUAUAUAAGAGGUGGUGGCCAUAGUUGCUUUAAAGAUAGUGAUGAAGCUAGGAUCAGAUCGAGAAGGAAGGAGUUCUGGGAGAAGGCUAUGGAUGUAGAAGAACUAUGUGGGCCCGGUGAAACAUGGUGGGGUGUUAGGGGACAGAUGCGAGAUGACUUUAACCACAGUAAUAAGGUGAUUACGUAUGCAGAACAUAUUAAGAACAGCAGGUUUGUGGAAUCAGUGCUAGAUGUUUAUUGGGAGCUCCCACCGGUGGCUGGUCCUUCACUUACUCAUCAAACCAGAUACGAUCCUGCUCGUGCAUCCAGUCCCAUUGUUGAGGAUGGAAGGUUUGGCUUGUUUCAGCGGCUUGGUUUGAAUAGACUCAAGGCAUCCGUAUUCAAUGGAUAUACUCAAAUGGUAUAUCUUCAAGUAUCCGAACAAAAAUCUUAAAAGCUAUCUGAAGUAGAUGUGAAUCUAGAUGUUUGGUUUGCCACUAUGUGAAACCUUGAGAUCUGCUAAUACCAUGCAUUCCUCUCAUAGUUGUUCUUUUAACCUUUUUGCUAGGUUUUUUAUUUAUUUGUUUUAUAAAAAAAAAUUCACUUUUGAGAAUUGUUUCUGACAUUUUUUAUUUCUGACAAAAUUCGUUCCUUGACCUUAGCAGUAUUAUUGUUUCUUGUUUGCUGUUGCAAGAUUUCACUCGUUUAGAGAUAAUUUUUAA